GAGGCAGGCAGAGCGUCUCUCUCCACAGCUGUGCUCCGCUCUUUGUCGGUAUCAGCUCUCCCUGCGCUUUUCUGUCCGGUAGAAGGAUACAAAGAGAGGAACAGACGGCAUGAAAUAAAGACAGAGCAUGAGAGCGACGGGGGCAGCAGAGGGACACGAGCAGCCGAGCCGGACUAUGGUCUAGUCCAGACACAGGAUACUAUUAUCUCCAGACUGGAUACGGAGCUUCGCCGAUGUGCGCACUGGAUUUUACCCACCAAAGAGUGUCGAGACCGGGGGGAGAGGGGCGGACUUUGUCGCGCAGGACUGUCGGGGUUUAGGAGGAGAUCAUGGAUAAAACUUUGCACAUUCUUCAGAAAGCCCCAGACGGUGUGCCGACUGGGAUCUCCCUGGAUAUGAGUUUGAAUAUGGACGAAGGGGAAGAUUUCACGGAGCAGCAGAUCAUGGGGCUGCCGGACAAAAUACCUUUGGUGAAACCUUAUUUCAAAAAGAAGCAGAGGAAAUUAGACGCCAAAUGCCUCCACCGCGCCUUGGAGGAUCCUAUACUGACCACUUUACUAAGCACGGAUACGCUGGUCUCCGGGGAUGGGGUGUUCGUUCCCCGGAACCAACCGGGUCGGACCCCGGGAAACCUGUGCGCAGCAGCCGUGGUGAAACAGAACUGUAUGGGCCAGGUGUGCCUCAAAGCUGACUCGGGAGCUGCUGACGAUGCCACAGCCGGGGCUGGAGUACCAGGGUUGAUGACCCGGGACGGUGAUGUGGAAUUAGCCGAUACUACUGCGGAGUUGGAGGAGACAGAGAGGCGAGGGGAGCGACCCAAGAUCACCGACCCUACCCCCGACAGCCGCUGCUUUCAGCUGAAACCUGCCCUCAGGGCGGCCGGGAACACAGUAACAAUAACACCCACCGGCAGGGAUAUACCUCCCAUAGUUGCACCCCAGGCUCCGCACCAGGAGGGGGCCAUCAAAAGCAAUGACCUCUUAACCUCUGGGGCUAAAAACCUUCCAGUCAAAGACUGCACUGGAGUCCAGGACCCCCUUCCCCUCCUCCUGCAGCCUGACAAAGGAGUGCUAUUUCAGGAUAAAAGUGAGGAGGCCUCCCUGGACUUGGUUUUUGAGCUGCUCACCCAGCUCCAGUAUCACACACACCAGUCAGACUCAGUGGACAUUUGUGUGGAUUUCCUCCAAGGACAGUGUGUUUAUGGCAACGACUGUGCCCACCACCACACUGUCCUGCCCUACCACUGGCAGAUCCACAGGACCAGUAGUCAGACGUGGCAGAGCAUAGCAGACGACUCCCAGGAACAGCUGGAGAGACUGUACUGCAACCCUGACAAUGAGCAAGUCAGGCUUAAGUUUCAGGGUCGCAUGUUUUCCCUCGACUUCGGGGCAAUGCGAGUGUGCGACCUGGAGUUUGACCGGGUACGUCGACUGACCACUCCCCCGAGCCCUCUGCCCGCACCCACAACGAACCCAAAUCCCACCCCCAGCUGUCACACGGUGUGGAAGUACUACUGCAGAGACAACUUUGGCUGGAGGGAAUACUCUGAGCCUGUGGUGAAGCUCAUAGAGGAGGCGAGCUCGAGGGGUCUCAAGGAGGUGCGGUUCAUUACGCUCCAGAACCAGUACAUCCUCAACAUCAGGGAGGGCUUCCAGCAGAACGCCAUUUUCGGGUUCAGACGUCAGAUCAAGAAGCGGCCCAUGUUCAUGUCCUCUGUGAUGCUUACACCCCACCUACAGACGUUGGGAGGCCUCUCUUCAUCUCCCCUCCCCUGUUCCUCCUCCUCUUCCUCAUCCUCCUCCUCCUCCUCCUCGUCCAUGGAUCUCUCCACCUCGCAUCCCCUCUCGCCUACCACCACCAACCCGCCCAGCCUUUUUCCGGAAACGUGGUUGCCCAUGACGAUGAGCCAGGACUUCCUGCAGGUGCCGGUCUCGCGUGAAGACCGCAGCUACCGCACAGUGUACAGCCUUUUCCACAAGACAGUGUCCGAGACCAAGUUCAGGAUCAUCAAGAUCCUGCGUGUGCAGAACCCCUUCCUCUGGGAGAAGUAUAAGAGGAAGAAGGAGUACAUGUCACGACGCAUGUCAGAGAUGGACCGGCUGCUGAGCGAGCGCCACCUCUUCCAUGGCACCUCGGCUGACGUGGUGGAGGGCAUCUGCAAGCACAACUUCGACCCACGAGUCUGCGGCAAACACGCCACCAUGUUUGGCCAGGGCUCCUACUUUGCCCGCAAGGCUGUCUACUCCCACAACUUCUCCAAGCGCUCGCCCAAAGGAGUCCACUGCAUGUUCCUAGCCAAAGUCCUCACUGGCAGGUUUACUGUAGGAAAUCCCUCCAUGCGAAGACCUCCACCCAUCAACCCUCGUGACCCCUCCAGUGACCUUUAUGACUCCUGUGUGGACAACUGGGUGGACCCCCAGAUCUACGUCAUCUUCAACGAUGACCAGAGCUACCCUUACUUUAUCAUUCACUAUGAAGAGGUACCCAGCACUGUCGCUGUCUAAGCCCUGGAUCAGACCUGGAUCUGUCUGUAUUUGCAAAUACUUAUAGUUUGCUUCAGUCUGUUAAGGUGUUAGACUGGUGGAGUUUACCACUUAAGAUGAAAAAGGAACAAUUUAUGCCAAUAAAAAGCUGAAAUUUAGAGUAUUGUUGCUUUAUCCAACACAGUCUGAAUCACUUCAUCAGACUGAGCUUCACCCAUCUGCUGCUGGUCAAAACAAAAUCUAUGAAAUAUUUGCAAAUACUCAAUGAUCGUGGUCUAUAGUCAGCUGGAUCCAACCAGACUGGACUGCAGCAAGGAACAACAGACUGGUCGGAACAUGACGAAACUGGACUAGCAAAGAACAGGCACCUGUUUUCAUCCAGUGUUCAGAAGUGGAUGACAACUGACAACAGCUGCAGCAACAGACUUGACUGGACUCAUAUACCACACUUUCUUAUCUAGUAUGAACAGGAGCCUAGUGAUGAUCAUCGGACACAAGAGAAUUUAAUCUGCACUAUUAUUCUGGAGCAGAUGCAGGAAAAAACAAACCUAGUCCCCUUAUCCUUUUGACUUAGUCGUAUGACUGUAUAUGAACUCAGUUUCACAUCAGGACAGGCGUCAUAGUAGACAGUUAGCAUCUUACCAGUGCUUUCAGUGACCAACUGGCCAUUUUAUUAUUCUGAGGAAGCAGCAACCAACCAAUCAGAGGCUUCCAUAGAGAAACCAUGGUGACACUGACCCCUGUCAUUCUCUGGCAAAAAAAAAAAAAAAAAAAUCAUAGUGAGUGUUUACCCAGCCUCUGGCCCAUAUGUUUUUUCAAGUCUAUGUGCUGCGUGUUUGAGUAUUUUAAUUUAGUGAACAUGAAUCUUGUGGCCUCUUCAACCAGACAAUGGACAUGAGUUUCAGUGGGACUUUUCCAAAUGGACAUCCACACACGGUAAACCUCCAGGCAGAGGUUUCACAUGAAGCCAGUGCUGUUCCCGGUCGGCGUUUUGCCUUCGCGCCCACCACUUUGAUUCCUGUACACGGGGGACUGAAGAGUGUACAGUUUCCCGCUGAGACUCGAUGAUGAUGAUGCUGCUGCAGUGACGGCAUGUAGCGUUCUGACAGCAAACCCCCUGAAACUCAUCUCUCUUGGACCGCUCUUUCGCUCAGAGACAGUAGACAUGUUUUACUGAGACAAACUGUACAGACGUUCUCUUUGUUUAUAUUUGAACUGUGUGCCUUUUGUUCAUAAAAAUGUUUAUUUAUGUUAGUUUAAUGUAACAUUGAUUAAAUAAAAACUCUAAAAGAGAAAAUGA